AUGUCACUCAAGGCCGCCAUUACACUAGCCAUCUCGUUCUCUGCUAUUUUGGCAUCGUCAGCAACUGUUGACAAGAGAAUUGUCAAUGGAGAAGAUGCUGACUUUGGUGAAAUUAAAUUCAUCGUUACCCUUUGCGAGCAGGACGGGGAGUGUUAUUGCGGAGGCAGUCUGCUAGACAGCACUACGGUUCUUACUGCCGCUCAUUGCGUUGACCACAGCAAUCCCAUCUCAAUAAAAGCUGGAAUACUGUUUAGGGGAAUUGGGGGUGGAGUAGACGCACAACCUGCAUCUAUUAUAAAGCACCCCAAUUAUCGUGCCGGCUAUGACAAAUACGGCAUGAUAAUGCCCGGCCCUCAGCAACACAAUGACAUUGCAAUCUUGAAAUUAGCAACUCCGAUUGACAAGAGCAGCGAUAUUGACUAUGCCACGUUGCCUCCAGCAGGCUCGGAUGCCGUAGUCAAUUCAACCGCAACAGCUGCAGGCUGGGGACGUGACAUACCGGAUAAGCCUACUGCCAAUGUAGUGGAAUCGCCCAUUUGGCUUCAGAAGGUUGUUCUUCCUAUUCGCGCACGCGAGGACUGCGCCCAGUACGAGAAUGUAGGUGAGAGAGACACUAUCAUAUGUGCCGGUGGAGGAGGCAAGAAUGUCUGCGGAGGGGAUAGCGGUGGUCCUCUUUUCGACGCGAAAACGGGACAGCUACUCGGUGUUGUGUCAAUGGCUACCAAGGAUAAGGACAACGACGAGGAAAUGUGCAACCAGACUCCCGGGGUGUUUACCAGAGUCGGCAGUUACAUUGACUUUAUCAACGAACAUCUUGGUUCUAAGACUAAGCAGUAG